AUGAGAGCACCCUACUCGCUGUCCUGCCUCUUCCUCCUGAGCCUGGGGACCUGCUUCCCUCGCAGCGAGCGGCAGGAGCCGGCAGACCCCGGCGCGGGGACGCGGCUCAAGGCCGGCUGGCAGGCGGUGGCGGGCUGGGGUGCCGGCUGGAAGGGAGCGAAGCGGAGGCGAAGCGAGGCGCUGGGCACGCUGCUGGGCAUGGCCCGGGAGCCGCGGGGCUACGGCUCGGACGGUGCUGGCGAGCGGCCGGGCUGGCGGCGGCGCCCCGAGCUGCUGCCCGCGGCCGGGGACAAGCGCAGCGGCGCGCUGGGGAGCCUGGCCGAGGAGCUCAACGGCUACAGCAGGAGAAAAGGCGGCUUCACCUUCCGCUUUGGCAGAUGA